UGGGGAAGUGUGCGGGGGAGCCUGAAACAUGUCCCCUUGAUCACAAGGAGCCCAGUGGGAAGAGAAGGCUCCUUGUGGAAGGCUAUUCUCUAGAUCCUUUCUUAUAAAUUGGCACAAUUAUCAAAAUGCCCCAGUCAUCAGGAAUUUUGGCAGUAGCACCUAUGUAAGUGAAUAAUGCGACUAAAAGAGGUGCCCACCACUCCAUGUAAUUACAGGCAUAAUAUUUUCAAAUGGACACAACUGGAAGCAGCACAGGCGUUUUGCACUAGUUACAAUGCGGAAACUUGGACUAGGGAAGAAAGGCAUAGAGCAUCGAAUAAAGGAGGAAGCCCAGCAGCUUGUGGAGACUUUUGCACAAGCCAAUGGGCAGCCUCUUGAUCCUUCAUUACCCAUCACAAAUUCACUCUGCAAUGUGAUCAGUCUCUUAACUUUUGGACAGCGGUUCUCUCCUGAAGAUGAAGACUUCCAGAAACUGGUGAAAGCCUUUGAUUUUGUUCUAAAGCUUGUUGGUACCUUCUCGCAUAUUCUCUAUGAACUGUUUCCAUGGUUAAUGGAACAUCUCACAGGGCCUCACAAGAAGGCAUUGUCCUCAGUGGAGAUUGCAAGUUUAUUUGCAAAGAAGGAAAUAGAAAAACAUAAAGAGUAUCAGACACUGCAUGAUCCACAGGAUUUCAUUGAUUUCUAUCUACCUGAGAUGGAAAAAACCACGAAUGACCCUAACUCUACAUACAAUGAAGAAAACUUGGCUCACUGUAUUAUGGAAUUUUUUGCCACAGGGACAGAGACAACUGCCACUACCCUGCAAUGGGCAUUGCUCCUGAUGGCGACUCAUCCAGAUAUCCAAGAGAAAGUCCACAAGGAGAUGGAAGAUGUGUUUGGUUCCUCUUGCUUAACCUACUAUCAAGAUCAUAAGAAACUGCCAUACACUAAGGCAGUAAUUCAUGAGAUCCAGCGUUCCAACUAUGUCUUCUUAUGUGGGAUUCCUAGACAAACUGAAAAGGAUGUGAACAUGCAAGGUUUUCACAUUCCCAAGGGGACCCUUAUUGUUCCAGAUCUGCACUCUGUUCUUCUUGAUCCUGAACAAUGGGAGACACCUGAAAAAUUCAACCCAAAUCAUUUCCUGGACAUGGAUGGAAGGUUCAUGGCUAGAGAAGAAUUUCUGGCAUUUGGUGCAGGAGAUCGUGUAUGUGUCGGGGAGCAGCUGGCACGGGUCGAGCUCUUCAUCUUCUUCACCAGCCUGCUGAGGGCAUUCACCUUCCAGCUGCCAGCAGGAGUCAAAGAACUCAGUCUAGUACCUGCAUUAGGAAUCACAACACAUCCCCAGCCUUAUAAACUCUGUGCCAUUCCCCGCUGCAGUACAUAAUAAACCUUAUACAUGAAUGGCUUAUAGGGAUGUGCACAGACCGCAGAGGCACAGUCUGACGCCGGGGGAGUGUUGCUUUAAGGGCGUGGGGAUUGUACUUACCCCUCCCACCGC